CUAGAUGACCAACAAGAGAAGCUUUGCUGCAGACCGACCAGGAGCAGCAAGUGCAGAUAGCUUUAGGCUAACGCUAGCUAUCAUAACACUAUUAACCCCCAUUUGGGGCUUUAAUCAGUCAUUGGUUUGCUAGCUUGUUCGAGGCUGGCUUCACUGGCCAAACAUGCAGAAAUAUGAAAAGCUUGAAAAAAUCGGAGAGGGUACGUACGGGACAGUGUUCAAGGCUAAAAACAGAGAAACCCACGAAAUUGUGGCCUUGAAGAGGGUCCGGUUGGACGACGACGACGAGGGGGUGCCAAGUUCUGCUCUGAGAGAAAUCUGUCUUCUGAAGGAACUAAAGCAUAAAAACAUUGUCAGACUACAUGAUGUUUUGCACAGUGACAAGAAGUUAACCUUGGUUUUUGAAUAUUGUGAUCAGGAUUUGAAGAAGUAUUUUGACAGCUGCAAUGGGGAUCUAGAUCCUGAAACUGUGAAGUCAUUCAUGUACCAGCUGUUGAAAGGCCUCGCUUUCUGUCACAGUCGAAACGUUCUUCAUAGAGAUCUGAAGCCACAGAACCUCCUCAUUAACAGAAAUGGAGAGUUGAAGCUGGCGGACUUCGGUUUGGCUCGAGCCUUUGGCAUUCCUGUGAGGUGUUACUCAGCAGAGGUGGUGACAUUGUGGUACCGGCCUCCAGAUGUGCUGUUUGGUGCUAAACUUUAUUCUACCUCAAUUGACAUGUGGUCUGCUGGAUGCAUAUUUGCAGAGCUGGCUAACGCUGGAAGGCCUUUAUUCCCCGGGAACGAUGUGGACGACCAGUUGAAAAGAAUCUUCAGAUUGUUGGGUACACCAACUGAAGAACAGUGGCAGACGAUGACCAAACUCCCCGAUUAUAAGCCAUAUCCCAUGUAUCCAGCCACCACCUCACUGGUGAACGUGGUCCCCAAACUAAGUAGCACAGGACGGGAUCUUCUCCAGAACCUGUUAAAAUGUAAUCCUGUCCAGAGGAUCUCUGCAGAAGAGGCCUUGCAGCACCCUUACUUCGCCGAUUUCUGCCCACCCUAAAUGCAAAAUUGCUUCUCGCUGAACCUCAGCCGCCAGAAUCAAUCAUCCCUUCACUCUGUUGGGUCAUUAGGACCAGUCCCAACAAGGCAAAUCCCUCACUGGUUUUCAAACACUCUCCUGCUUUCAUUCUGCUGUGCCUCCGUGUGGAACAAAGUCCUAGUGGCUCUGCAAGGUUUUAAGUUCUUUUAAGUUGCAAGCCUGUUAAAUUUGGUACAUACAUGCCUCCCAGUUAAUUAGCACUAAUGUGGGAGGGUGCACUAUGUGUUGCAUUGAAUAAAUUUUAUACCUGUGGAAAUGGUUGUCAACAAGAAGUCCCUUUGCUCCAAAACACCGAAAUGAACAUACUGUUUAUUUCUGACUUUUUUAAUAGUUGAUCAUGAAUGGAGAAAAAAAGGCCCUUUGAAUCUGUGGUGAUCUCAUUUGGUGAAUUCAUUUUGGAUAACUUCAACUCAAAGUGCUAGAACACACUGGAUCAGCUACCCAAACAGCCUUUCUAACAUUAUGGUUUCAGUUCUGACUGUAAUCUGUCUUGCAAAAGCAGUUUUGCCAAUUUGUUCUCAUAUAGAAGCCUUAAGGUUAAACUGUAGCGAUUCAGGAGUUUCAAUACCAAUAUAACAUUUGGGAUUUUAGAAAAUGUGACAAUGAUAUUAUUCUGUUUCCAUAACUACAAAAACAUAAACAUCACUUAAAUUUGUUUGAUUGAGCUACAUGUGGACUGUAUUUCUGAAUGGUCUCAAACAUAUCUUUGGCAUUUCUGUUCCGCAGUUUGUUGUUACUCUUUAGCCGCAAUAUACGCCAGCACUGAUACAUGUGGGAUUAGUUAAUAUCCACUGAUAUAUUGGCUCUAGUGGAGACCGCAGAUUCUUGGGGCAACUAAUGCUACAAUACCGCUUGAAUGAAUAGAUUGAUUUGUCCGUUUUUGGAACCACAAGCGAUUUAUUUGGAAAUUGUGUAGGGUUACGUCAAUGUUUCUUUCUUUUUCUUUUUACAAGUCUGUAAUUUCCUACGAAUACAGAACUACUGUUUGUAAUUUGGUACUAAUUAUUGGUUGGUCUUUGAAAGAAUUCCAAUCAAACCUUAGUGUGUAUAUUCAGAAAUGAUUCACAUAUUAUUGGAAACUUUAUUCUCCAUAUAUACUAAAUUGUAUGUUUGUCUGUAAACAAAUUUCAGUUUACAUGUUCAGUUGAUCUGUUUUACAAUGAAUUAAUUAGAAGUAUUAAUUGGAAGUGUAUCGAUUAAUUUAUGUCCCUCCUGUUAUUAGUACCAAAUUACAUACUUAUUUCCUGGAAACUUUCUAGAAAGUCUAAUAGGCAAUUACAGACCUAUAAAAUACACUUUAUUUUAUUUUAUUUUAUUUUGACCAGAACAGACAACGGACCUUUAAUACUGUUAUUUCACAUAGUAAAAAUACAACUCUUUGUCCCUCUACCUAUUACAAGAUUGUAUCAUAGCAUGGGAAGCUAAUUUAUAAAUUUCUUUUUUUCUCAGGCUUAUUUCCUUCUUUUUUUUUGUAUUUGUCUUUUGUGCACUUUGUAACUGACAGUUUUAUUUUAAAUCGUUUAGUUAUCAAUAUUAUUAAAUAUGUUUUACACUGACAGCCAGGAUUAUAGCCGGUUAUCAAUAAAAUGGGCCAAUAUAUGUUAAUACUAGUGGACCAUUAGUGACACAUUUAUGUUUUUUUGACAUCAUCGUUCUCAUUAUUGUACUAAUGUAUUGUAGCUUUUUUCUGAAAUGCUUUUGUAAUAGUUAAAUUAGAGAUGAAAACUCCACUGAUAAAAUGUAUUUUCAUAUAAUGAUUGAUUUGCACCAUUAGCUGUUUCCAUUUUGGUUACUUAUAUUAACAUGGUUAACAGCUUGCAGUGUUAUUUUACUCCAGAUUGUUACAGUGCUCCUCAUCCCGUAAAAAAGCCAACAUAAUGAGUCAUUUGAAGUAUCUGUUAAUAGGGAAGGGAUUUAUUUUCAUUUUGCUGAUGUAAGACAAGAUAAUGGAUGCAUGUAUUUAUUAAUGAUGGAAUGUCUGCUCAUGUUUUUGCAUUCGUUUAAAUGUAGCACAACUUAAUUUGGUACAGAAACUCUUUUCUGAAUGAUUCAGUGAUACUCGGAUCUAUAGCAUUUAGCAGGUUCUUUUUAGAAUUUGAAAUGUUUGAAGGUUGUGUGUGUGUAUGGAUUAAGUUAUAAUGACAAAACAAAAGCAUUUUCUCUCAGUAUUUCAUAAUCUUGUGAUUAUAGGACAUUUCAGACUAACUGCUGUAGAGUUACUUUACACAGCUUACAUUUAAAUUCUGAAUGAAGAGUGGGUUUUUGCACUUUGCUAGUAUCUUUGCUUUUGUUGGUAGAACUUGGGACAGAUGUUGUCAGUGAUUCUUUCUGUGUAUAUUUCAGCCAAUAAGACAUAAAUACAAACAUAAGUUUGCUUUUGA